AUAACAGAUCAUAUUACAUGCUGCCAUGUUGCUUUCAGUUUCUUCAAGGAAUGCCCUCACCCUGAUGACAAGCAGAGGAAGGAGCUCAGCAGAGAGCUCGGCCUCGAACCUCUCCAAGUCAAGUUCUGGUUCCAGAACAAACGCACCCAGAUGAAGAACCAGCACGAGCGGCAAGAGAACAACCAGCUGCGAGCCGAUAACGAGAGACUCCGUGCUGAGAACUUACGGUAUAAGGAGGCCCUCAGCAACGCCUCGUGCCCCAACUGCGGCGGGCCUGCCUCCCUCGGCGAGAUGUCCUUCGACGAACACCACCUCAGGAUCGAGAACGCUCGGCUUAGAGAAGAAAUCGAUAGGAUAUCAGGGAUCGCCGCCAAGUACGUCGGCAAGCCGAUGGCGUCGUACCCACUGCUCUCGCCUUCCGUCCCUUCCCGCCCGCCGUUGGAUCUCGGCGUCGGAGGCUUCGGCGGCCAGCAGGGCGUCGGGGGGGAGAUGUUCGGGCCGGGAGAGCUGAUGAGGAGCGUGUCGGGUGCGGCCGAGACGGACAAACCGAUGGUCGUCGAGCUUGCGGUGGCCGCCAUGGAGGAGCUCAUCCGGAUGGCGCAGCUGAACGAGCCGCUGUGGAUACCCGCUGCGCUUGACAACGCCACCGAGGCCCUCAACGAGGAGGAGUACGUCAGGACGUUCCCGAGAGGGAUCGGUCCACGGCCGUUCGGGCUCAAGUCGGAGGCAUCGCGGGAGACGGCGGUGGUGAUCAUGAACCAGAUGAACGUGGUGGAGAUCCUCAUGGAUGUGAAUCAGUGGUCGAAUGUGUUCUCGGGCAUCGUGUCGAGGGCCAUGACGCUCGAAGUGCUCUCAACUGGAGUGGCAGGCAACUACAAUGGGGCUCUGCAAGUGAUGACAGCAGAGUUCCAAGUGCCAUCUCCACUCGUCCCAACUCGAGAGAGCUUGUUCGUGAGGUACUGCAAGCAGCACGCUGAUGGAACCUGGGCAGUGGUUGACGUUUCCCUCGACAGCUUGCGCCCCAGCCCAGUCCUGAGAUGUCGAAGAAGGCCAUCCGGUUGCCUGAUCCAAGAGUUGCCUAAUGGUUACUCGAAGGUUACUUGGGUGGAGCACGUCGAAGUGGAUGACAGGUCUGUUCACAGCAUCUACAAGCCAUUGGUCAACUCCGGCCUGGCGUUCGGUGCAAGGAGGUGGGUCAGCACCUUGGACAGGCAAUGCGAGCGGCUCGCGAGUGUGAUGGCCAGCAACAUACCCUCAGGAGACGUCGGUGUGAUAACUACACCGGAGGGCAGGAAGAGCAUGUUGAAGCUGGCUGAGAGGAUGGUGAUGAGCUUCUGCGGCGGUGUCAGUGCUUCGACCACACAUCAAUGGACUACUUUGUCUGGAAGUGGUGCGGAGGACGUGAGGGUUAUGACGAGGAAGAGCGUGGAUGAUCCCGGAAGGCCUCCUGGUAUCGUCCUCAACGCCGCCACCUCCUUCUGGCUUCCGGUCCCGCCGAAGAGGGUCUUCGAUUUCCUACGUGAUGAGAGCUCGCGCAGUGAGUGGGAUAUCCUGUCGAAUGGGGGUGGCGUUCAAGAGAUGGCUCACAUCGCCAAUGGCCAGGAUCAUGGGAACUGUGUCUCCUUGCUGCGCGUCAACAGCACGAACUCGAACCAAAGCAACAUGCUGAUACUGCAGGAGAGCUGCACCGACGCGACGGGCUCGUACGUGAUCUACGCGCCGGUGGACGUCAUCGCCAUGAACGUGGUGCUCAACGGCGGCGACCCCGACUACGUCGCCCUCCUGCCGUCAGGGUUCGCCAUUCUUCCCGACGGGCCAUGCGGCAGCGGAGGAAGGGUGGAGGAAGUAGGCUCCGGUGGCUCCCUGUUGACUGUGGCGUUCCAGAUCCUGGUCGACUCAGUCCCCACUGCCAAGCUCUCCCUCGGAUCGGUCGCGACGGUGAACAGCCUCAUUGCUUGCACCGUCGAACGGAUCAAGGCUUCAGUUGCAGGCGAAGUGGCUCGCUGAGAAUAGCAAGCACGCGGCAUGGAUAGGAGGAGAGGAAGUUGGGGGAGGGUGGAGAUUAGGACAUCAUCUGUGGGAAGUCAAGAACGCACCUCACACUAACCUUGGCUCUCGGCCACCGCCGCCGCCAUGCAAGGAGGGCUGGUUCGGGUAUUGACUUCCCCCCAUUUCAUGACUACAACGACAGUUCUCUCGCUCUCUCUCUCUCUCUCUCUCUCCUAUCGAUCCUUUUGUGUUGCUGGCCUUGAAGUCUUCGUUGAAGUGUUCGUUUUGAGCUUUGGUUUAGCUUUGGUGUUCCUUGCUUUCAGAAUCUUGUUUGCUUUGGAACCUGCAUUGGUGUGAAGGAUAGUAUUGAAGACAUGCUUUGGAACCUGCUACAUCUUAGUC